AUGAAUACUCAUGAGAAGCUCGAGGAAGGAUACUCAACUCAGAGGCCUCCUAUGUUCAACGGCAAGUUCUAUACUUACUGGAAGAACCGCAUGGAGAUCUUUAUCAAGGCAGAGAACUACCAAGUCUGGAGGGUCAUCGAGGUUGGUAAUUUUGAAGUCACCAAAACUAAUGCUCAGAAUGAGUUAAUCCCUAAGCCUAUGUCUGAAUAUGAAAAAGAGGACUUUGAUAAAAUGGAAAUAAAUGCUAUGGCUGUGAAAUUGCUCCACUGUGGACUUGGACCUCACGAACACAAUCGUGUUAUGGUGUGCAAGAACGCUAAGGAAAUCUGGGAUUUGCUGCAGAUUACUCAUGAAGGAACUAAUGAGAUUCCUACAGAUGAGCAGGUUAGGAAGGUUCUUAGAAGUCUUCCACAAGAUGAGAGAUGGAGAGCUAAGGUGACAGCCCUUCAGGAAACGAAGGACUUUACAAAAUUCAAUAUUGAACAACUAGUAGGUUCUCUCAUGACUCAUGAGCUACACCUUGGAGUCAACAAUGAACCCAUGAGGAACAAGGGAUUGUCUCUUAAGGCUGAUGAGGAGGAAGACUCAGAAGUGGACGAGGAUGAGGCUUCCCUAAUUGUGCGAAGAUUCAAAAAGAUGUUCAAGAAAGGCCGAACCUCAAGGAACUUCGGGAAAAAGACCUCAAAUACAAAGCCUGACUACAGCUGCCACAAGUGUAGAUCUCCAGAUCACUUUAUCAGAGACUGUACCCUUUGGGAAAAUGAUAAAGGGAAAGGAAAGGCUAAGGAACAGGGAAGAGAAAAAUUCAGCAAAGCAAACUAUCAAAAGUCAGACAUGAGGAAGGCCAUGAUAGCAGCCUGGGGAGUCUCAGAGAGUGAAGAAGAAGAUGAUGACCAACCAGAAGAAGAGACGGCCAAUCUUUGUUUGAUGGCCAAAUCAGAUGAUGAAAAGGCUUACCUUGAGGAACUCCAGAAAGAGGUAUUUCUUGAUCCUAAACAGCUUAAAACUCUCUCUAAAGAUGUCUUAAUAGAUAUAUGUCUAGAAGAAGAAGAAUUCUUUAGAGAUACAUGUGUAAAGUUGAACAAAUGUGAAAAAGCUCUUAAGUAUAAGCUCAUAAAUUCUGAUAUCAGUUCUAGCAGUUCCUCAAACAAUCAGUUGCUUAAAUUCAAUGUUGAUUUUGAAAAUUUGAAAAAUGAGCUUUCUACUUUAAAAACCCAAAAGGAUCAACUUGAAUCGGAACUUAAUGCUAGAAAGGAUAGAAGUAUUGACCCAAAAGUCAUACCUAAGUGGAUAGCCGAAGCUCAAGGAAAAAGAACUGAAGGCCUUGGUUAUAUGACCAAGAAGAAAGGUGAUAAAUCAAAAUUCCUCUCACUAGAAGACUACCCUGGAGGAACAGUAACCUUUGGGGAUAAUAAGAAGGGCGAGAUCAUUGGAAAAGGCAAAAUUGGAAGAUCUAAAUCUCAUUCCAUUGAUAAUGUGUUCCUGGUCGAGGGCUUGAUGCACAAUUUGCUCAGUAUAUCACAAUUUUGUGAUAAAGGAAACUCUGUAAGUUUUACUUCUGAUUCUUGCAGCAUCAUCAACAACAAGUCAGGAAAGGUUGUUCUAGAAGGAACAAAAAGAGGGAACACUUAUACAGUUGACCUCAACUUAAUCCCAAGGAACAACCUUACAUGUUUGAGUGUUGUUGAAGAUGAUCCCCUGCUAUGGCAUAAACGUUUUGGACAUGCUAGCUUUUCAUUACUGGACAAGCUGAGGUCAAGGAACUUGGUAGUGGGACUUCCUAUUAUCAAGUUCCUACAGAACAAAGUUUGUGAUGCAUGUGUGAAAGGCAAGCAUGUUCGCUCAUCUUUUAAAUUGAAGAAAAUGAAAAUACAGAAAAUCAGUAGUCACUCCAUAGUCCAUCUCAGAUCAGAUCACGGAACUGAAUUUGAGAACUCAAGAUUCGAUGAGUUUUGCAGGGAAAAUGGCAUGAAUCAUAACUUCUCAGCUCCAAGGACUCCCCAACAGAAUGGAGUUGUAGAAAGGAAAAAUCGAACCCUUAAGGAAAUGGCUAGAACGAUGCUGAUUGCAAGUGGAUUGCCAAGGAACUUCUGGGCUGAAGCCGUGAAUACAGCAUGUUACAUCCUUAACAGGGUAACAAUCAGAAGUAUCAUCAACAAGACUCCCUAUGAACUAUUCAGGGGAAGGAAGCCAAACAUAUCUCAUCUUAGAGCCUUUGGUUGUAAGUGCUUUGUACAUAACAAUGGUAAGAAAAACCUAGGGAAAUUUGAUGAAAGAAGUGAAGAGGCUAUAUUUCUAGGAUAUGCCUCUGAUAGAAAAACUUAUAGAGUCUACAAUAAAAUCUCAAUGUGUGUUGAGGAAAGCAUUCAUAUAAUCUUUGAUGAAGUUAACCAGUUUGUGAGUGUACAGGAACAAGAAGAUGAUAAUGAUUUUGAAAUUGGAUUGAUAAGAGACAGGGAUGAAGAGGAGACUCAAAAGCAAACCAAGGAAAAGCAGCCUGCUCUAGAAGAGGAACAUCAAGAAAAUGGAGAGGUUCCUCAACCAGAUGAAUAG